AUCACAAACACCCUAGCCUCGAGAUGUGUGGCUGCAGAGCCAGUGUCUCCAGUACAAAGCAGUGCUUGGACAAUAACCCGGCUCCUGCACCUACCAAAAAGAGCCCUUUGGCUGCAGCAGACAUGUCCAAGUGCAUACCCAUAGCCAAACAGCUGGCAUCAAUAAAAGCUCUAGGAAAAGGCUCAGACCUUGAGAAAGCUUUUGCUACAGUGGCAUUGGUGUAUAACAACUCUGCUGACCCUGACGGCAAGCUCAGCAAAGGUGAAGCCAAAAGCUUGCUGCAAACCCAGUUUGGGGUUUUCAUACAGGGCCAAGAAAACAAACCAAAAUACCAGGAAAUCAUUUCUGCCCUGGAUGAGGAGCCAGACAACAAAAUUGAUUUUGAAGACUUCAUGAUCUUGUUAGUCAGCCUCACUCUAAUGUCUGACCUGCUGCAGCAGAUCAGAAACAUGAAAACCACAAAAUGAGCAGUGCUUUAGGAGAAGAAAGGGCUUGGUGGUUCAUAAGGAAAGCAGGCAUGAAGCACAAGCAGAGAUAACACUGAGUGCCUGGAUACUCAGUGCU